AUGACUACCACUGUUGACGUGCGAGUCAGUUUUGAUUGUGAUGGGACGAAGACUAAGCCGGUAGCGUCGGCUACGAUUGAGAGACACACCAAUGAAGGGAACGGGCAUCCCGUCGGUGUCAGAAUUUUCUUUGAGAUUACCUAUCAUGAAGAUGACGAUGUCCGGCGAUUCAGUGGAAAUAAAGACCGAUGGAACACUACUUCCCCGAGCAAGGGCAUCGUCAACCGUGAAAAUCCUCCUGCUACACGGGAUGGAUGGGUCUUCAUGGGCCUACAUCGGUCCAUACAGACGAGUGGCUUGCUCCAUAAGGCGUCAUAUCGAGCACUGCCUUUCUGGUCCCUUGGUAGAACUUCGGGCAGUUCACCUGGUGGCGCAAAAAGGUUCAUUUCACCAGUAGACAAUUUUACUCGCUUGUGCAAAACGAAGCGGACAAAUGAAUCCAGCAUUGUCCAGCUCCAAAUUACUUACUUACCUUCCGAUGGCACUCACUCACUCAACUGCCUUGAACUGCCCUUCUGUGACCUUUUUGACUCUCGUUCUCAUCCACAUCUUCCUCUUCCCCUCCUUCGGUCAGUUUACUUUACUUUACUUACUUCCACCCCCUCCUCCUCCUACUGCGACCUCCUCCCUUCUCUGAUCUUCUCAUUCCAUCCAUCUCGCCUACACCCUCAACUCAUUCUUGCCUCUGCUUAUUCUCUUCCCCCGUCACUUUUAUGA